CACAUAACCAUUUAAAUAAAAGUCGCUUUGGCCCUAAAAUGGAUAUCAGUUAGCUUCAAAAAUCCAAUAAAAACAAAACAAAAAAUAUAUAUAAUUAAAAAAAAAAAAAAAAUGACCUCAAUAACACAAGCACCAUCGCAAGGCGUUGAGGCAGCGAUACCCAUAUGGAUGAAAUUAGACUGGAGCCCGGAAAUAGAGCAUGACAUUUACAAGGACUGGGGGUCUUAUUAUUGCCAUCGGCGCCGGGAAAAUCUUGGCAUGUACUAUUAUGACAAGGCACUGAGUCUCGCACCAGAAGAUUGGAUGACUUUUUACCACCGGAGUAUAAACAAACGCAAGAAUGCCCUCACUGAAAGUGCUCUAAAGGACAGCUUAGAGGCCAAACGCCUGUUAAAAAAACUAGAUCGUGAUAAUGCCCCUGUUAACUUGGAAAUUUGCAAUGCGCUUUAUGAAAUGAAUAAGCUGGAAAACUCAAAAGCAGAGCUUCACGACAAUGCACGUCUUUUUGAAGGAAAUAAAACAAAGAUGUUUGAUGAACGACUGAUUUUGGUCGAUGCAAAUAUUGCAGACGCAUGCGACCAAUCGAUGACUCAUUUUAUUUCUGAAAAUGAAAAACUUAUAGUGCAGUUGGCGGAAGCCAGGAAUAAUUUUAAAAUAGAUGAAAGACCACUUUGGAAGAUAUUGAAGGAACAAGGCGAAUGCGACGUCUUAAGCAUACCGGAGAUCAAAGAUGUUAUUCUGUCUCCCCUUGAAAUCGCGAGGAGAAGCCGAGCCUUCGAUGUGUUUAACCAGAUGUUCCUAGACAGGUCGUGGAUCGAUGUAAUUUUUCUGAAGCAUAUUCAAAAAAAUACGAGUUUGCUUUUGGAUCAGUGCAAAAACAGCAGAUAUUUUCUACGUGCACUAACUACAAAAAAAUAUGGCGAAGUCAAAAAGUUUAUGAAAAUGCUGCAAGCACGAGCCCCAAUGUACCAUCUCCGCUUCCAAAAGUUUACCAACAAGAAAUUAAUGGACAAAUUUCGUGAGGAUCAUCUUUUUCGAAUUCAGUACCAGACUCGUCGUAAUAUGAUCUCAGCUCUACGAAAUAUUCAACACCUCCGGAAAACUAAAAAUUUAACGAAACUGUCCAGUUAUGUAGAGGAAGUGAUGGGAGACUAUGUAGUUAAGAAAACCAACAGGACCAUGCCGUGGAAAUUCGAAUUUCUAAACGAGGUCUACAAUACAUUGGCAUUGGCUUUGGUGGAUCAGUAUCAAAUUCCAAAAAACUUCCGCUUUUUUGAUAAAAAUGCUCUGCUUCGCUUACUGAACUUUCCCACGGAGAGGACAUUAGACUUACCAACAUUUGUAUUUGGUGAUCGCACAACGCAUCAGGAUACAGAAUCCUCGGAUCCAACAAUGCUGAAAUCACGAUUCAUAAUAAGUCGCUACGAGAAGCGUAUGGUGUUUGCAAAAUACCCUAUCGAAAAAUGCUAUUUACUUCAUCAAAUUGCCUGUACGCAUCUUAAAUCAAAUCGAUAUGACGAGUGCUGCUUCAACGCCCGCAAAGCUAUCCAUGAGGCGAAAAACUGUAAUAGCAACAUAUGGCAAUUCCUCAGCACCCUUGUAAUUGUUAAGGCCAAUGCUGCUCUACAUAAGCUUGAACAGACUAGAGAAGCCCUUGCAAACGCACAAAAAAUUGCCAUGAAACUGGGAAACAAGGACCUUGUGAUGUAUUUAAACGCCUGUUUGAGUUGUAAUGAGGAGGAAUUUGUCACAAAAAAACAAAGUCUUAGCAACACCGCAAGUCGCCGGGGGUCAAUGUCAGUGCGCAGUUCCGUGUGCUAAACAAAGAAAUUCAUUAAAAAAAAAAUUCUCAGUAGCCUGUAAUAAUAAAACAUAUA